GCGGGCCAUGAAUAUGGCCUUCGUUGAGUUCAUGAACAAAACCCGACUAACCCAACCCCUGAUCAAUUUCUGCGUGAUUGUGUACAUGGAUGAUAUUUUGGUCUUUUCAAAAACACAUGAGUACCACGUGGAACACAUUGAGUGGGUUUUGCAUGCACUAAAAGAUGCGGGGUUCAAAGUGGCCUUGGAGAAAAGCGAGUUCUUCUUAUUGGAGAUCUCAUUCUUGGUGUACAUCAACCUGUUGAAGAAAGAGGAGCAGCUGAUCUGGACGCCGGAAUGCGAAGCGGCGUUUCAGGCGUUGAAGGAGGCUCUGACAUCUACUCCUGUGUUGGCGCGUCUCGACCCGACAAGACCGUUCGCAUUGUACACCGACUGGCAGCCGCAGGCGAUAUCGGCGGUGCUAACUCAGCACGGGGCAGACGGAAGGGAACACGUCAUUGAGUAUAUGUCCAAGACGCUGAGCCAGGCGCAGGCUAAUUACGAAGCGUGCAAAGGCGAAUGCCUGGCGGUGGUGUGGGGGAUUCAGCAUUUCCAACCGUAUCUUUACGGCCAGAAAUUCGUGCUGGUACCGGAUCAUCAGCCGCUGCUGUCCCUGCGCAACAACACGGACUACACGGGGACGCUGGGAAGGUGGGCGGUGCGUCUGCAGGACUAUGACUUCGACAUCCACCACCAUGCCACGCGGCAGCAUGGCAACGCUGAUGGAUUGACGCGCCUCCUGCCGCCCAACAAGUGUCCCGCCAACGAGCGACUCAUUCCUUGGAGGCCAGAAGCUGCAACGAGGAAACCGCGCUACGGGGGGAUACACGUGCUGCGCAAGGACGACGCCUGGGUCUGGAAUGGAGGGAGCAAGAUGAACCAUCGCCAGAUGGAGCAUGAGCCCCUCGAGCAUUUCCAGACGCCGCUUGCAGAUCGCUUGUUGCGGCAUCAGUUCAAUGAGGAAAGGCAGUUGCGGUACGACAUUCAGGAGGUGAACGUGCCAGCGCCCGGGGUUGCUGAUCUGGCGGCGUACUCGUUACUUUGCGAUCGGCUGACGUAUGCGGGGGUGUACGUGGACGUGAUGCAGUUGCCUGGGCGGCAGACGACUCGAGUGUUUAUUGAGUUUCGUGCGCUCCAGGUGGCACCCAACUUCGUGCAUAGUGUCGCCACAUUUAUCGGCGACUUGACGAUCCUGCCACCGCCGAGUCGGGAGCUGGCGCGAAGUUUUGUGUGCGAGUACGCGGUGCAAGCGGCCAGAUCGGUGGCCAGAGUGCAAGGACGGGAGGGACACCGAUUCACAGCCCACGAAACGCUGUUGCGCAGGGCAGAGGACGGACCGAUCGUGUUGGUGCCGCAGCUCCCCGCGCUUCUUCCUCCCGCUGCCCCUCUGAACUUCCAAGCUCUUCCCCCUGCCCCGUACUAAAUGCCUCCCUUCUUCUCUUACACCACUCUCCCCUAUCAACUCACGGAGGGCCCUUAUCCUAUGCGCGAGUUCUU